GCUGAGCUGGACUUGGCGGUGAGAGCCGGAGCCUAGCUUUUCCAGCUGUGGGCGCGGACAGCACUCGCCAAGCGUUCGGCUCCGGCCAGUUCCCUUUUAGACUAUGGCAACAUAUCUGGAGUUCAUUCAGCAGAAUGAAGAAAGAGAUGGUGUACGUUUCAGUUGGAAUGUGUGGCCUUCCAGCCGUCUUGAGGCCACGAGAAUGGUUGUUCCACUGGCUUGUCUCCUUACUCCUUUGAAAGAACGACCAGACCUGCCUCCUGUACAGUAUGAACCUGUGCUUUGCAGCAGGCCAACUUGCAAAGCUGUUCUCAAUCCACUUUGUCAGGUUGAUUAUCGAGCAAAACUUUGGGCUUGUAAUUUCUGUUUCCAGAGAAAUCAGUUUCCUCCAGCUUAUGCAGGCAUAUCUGAGGUGAAUCAACCUGCUGAAUUGAUGCCCCAGUUUUCUACAAUUGAGUACGUGAUACAGCGAGGCGCACAGUCUCCUCUGAUCUUUCUCUAUGUGGUUGACACAUGCCUGGAGGAAGAUGACCUUCAAGCUCUCAAAGAAUCCCUGCAGAUGUCCCUGAGUCUCCUUCCUCCAGAUGCUCUGGUGGGUCUGAUCACUUUCGGAAGGAUGGUGCAGGUUCAUGAACUGAGCUGUGAAGGAAUCUCCAAAAGUUAUGUCUUCCGAGGGACCAAGGAUUUAACUGCAAAGCAAAUACAGGAUAUGCUGGGUUUGUCUAAGCCAGCCAUGCCCAUGCAGCAAGCAAGACCUGCUCAACCUCAGGAGCACCCUUUUGUUUCAAGCAGAUUUCUGCAGCCCAUUCAAAAGAUUGAUAUGAACCUCACUGAUCUUCUUGGGGAGCUGCAGAGAGACCCAUGGCCAGUAACUCAGGGGAAGAGACCUUUGAGAUCCACUGGUGUUGCUUUGUCCAUUGCUGUUGGUUUAUUGGAGGGUACUUUCCCAAACACAGGAGCCCGUAUCAUGCUAUUUACUGGAGGUCCCCCCACACAAGGGCCUGGCAUGGUGGUUGGAGAUGAAUUAAAGAUUCCUAUUCGUUCCUGGCAUGAUAUUGAGAAGGAUAAUGCACGGUUCAUGAAAAAGGCAACCAAGCACUAUGAGAUGCUUGCUAAUCGAACCGCUGCAAAUGGUCACUGCAUUGAUAUUUAUGCUUGUGCCCUUGACCAAACUGGACUAUUGGAGAUGAAGUGUUGUACAAAUAUUACUGGAGGCCACAUGGUGAUGGGAGAUUCUUUCAACACUUCUCUCUUCAAGCAGACAUUCCAAAGAAUCUUUAGUAAAGAUUUUAAUGGAGAUUUCAGAAUGGCAUUUGGUGCUAGUUUAGAAGUAAAGACAUCUCGGGAACUGAAGAUUGCUGGUGCCAUUGGUCCAUGUGUAUCUCUGAAUGUGAAAGGACCGUGUGUGUCAGAAAAUGAGCUUGGUGUUGGUGGCACGAGUCAGUGGAAAAUCUGUGGUCUGGAUCCUACAUCUACGCUUGGCAUCUACUUUGAAGUUGUCAAUCAGCACAAUGCCCCGAUCCCCCAAGGAGGCAGAGGUGCCAUCCAGUUUGUCACGCAGUAUCAGCACUCCAGUACCCAGAAGCGCAUCCGUGUGACCACCAUUGCCCGAAAUUGGGCAGAUGCACAGAGUCAGCUCAGGCACAUAGAAGCUGCAUUUGACCAGGAGGCUGCAGCAGUUUUGAUGGCACGGCUUGGAGUGUUCCGGGCAGAAUCAGAGGAGGGGCCCGAUGUGCUCCGAUGGUUGGACCGACAACUCAUCCGACUGUGUCAGAAGUUUGGACAGUAUAACAAAGAAGACCCCACUUCUUUUAGGUUAUCAGAUUCCUUUUCUCUAUAUCCUCAGUUCAUGUUCCAUCUUAGAAGAUCUCCAUUUCUUCAAGUUUUUAACAACAGUCCUGAUGAGUCAUCCUACUAUAGACACCACUUUGCCAGGCAGGAUCUGACCCAGUCCCUCAUCAUGAUCCAGCCCAUUCUCUACUCCUACUCAUUCCACGGGCCACCAGAGCCAGUUCUCUUGGAUAGCAGCAGCAUUCUGGCGGACAGAAUUUUGCUGAUGGAUACUUUCUUCCAAAUUGUCAUUUAUCUUGGUGAGACCAUAGCCCAGUGGCAGAAAGCUGGCUACCAAGACAUGCCUGAGUACGAAAAUUUCAAGCACCUUUUGCAGGCACCAUUGGAUGAUGCUCAAGAAAUUCUGCAAGCCCGCUUCCCAAUGCCACGUUACAUCAACACGGAGCAUGGUGGUAGUCAAGCUCGAUUUCUUCUGUCCAAAGUGAACCCUUCUCAGACACACAAUAACCUAUAUGCUUGGGGACAGGAGACUGGAGCACCCAUCCUUACUGAUGAUGUCAGCCUGCAGGUGUUCAUGGAUCAUUUGAAGAAAUUGGCUGUCUCCAGUGCCUGUUAAGCUAAAGAUGUGACCAGAAAAUUGAAGAAAACACUGUCAAAUCAUGGUCACAAUUGUUUAUAAAUGCUUAAUAACAUUCCUUUCACUUUUCUAGCAGAUUUUAACAAAUAAUCAAAGGAAGUUUUGUAUGUAAGUCUUCAGAUAAUAAUUUAUUUGUAUUCUUUAUUUGUGUCCCUCUUCCUGUACCAUGAAAUUGUGAAGUCAUAAAUGUUUUGGUACUUGAAGAUGUUUCUGUGCUUUUUGUAUCCUAAAUUUUGGGGGGUCUGUAUAAAAUCAGAGGUGAUGUAUUUUG